AUGUCUUUAAGUCGUGAAGAUUCUGUCUAUUUGGCAAAGUUGGCUGAACAAGCUGAGCGUUAUGAAGAAAUGGUUGAUAACAUGAAAGCUGUUGCCUCGUCCGGCCAGGAACUAUCAGUUGAAGAGAGGAAUUUGUUAUCCGUUGCAUACAAAAAUGUUAUUGGUGCUCGUCGGGCUUCCUGGAGGAUUGUUUCUUCUAUCGAGCAGAAAGAAGAGGCUAAGGAGAAAUCAGAAUACCAGGUUAAGUUGAUCAGAACGUACCGUUCAAAGAUUGAGUCUGAAUUGACUAAGAUUUGCGAUGAUAUUUUGACUGUGUUGGAUACUCACUUAAUUCCAUCGGCUACUACUGGUGAGUCCAAGGUAUUUUACUAUAAAAUGAAGGGUGACUACCACAGAUACCUGGCUGAAUUUUCUGCUGGUGAUGUUAGAGAAAAGGCCACUAGCUCUUCUUUGGAAGCAUACAAAUCUGCUUCUGAUAUUGCUACUACCGAGUUGCCACCAACUCACCCAAUUAGAUUGGGUUUGGCUUUGAAUUUCUCUGUCUUCUACUACGAGAUUCAAAACUCUCCAGACAAGGCCUGUCACUUGGCAAAGCAAGCUUUCGACGAUGCUAUUGCAGAACUAGAUACUUUGUCUGAAGAAUCUUACAAGGACAGUACCUUGAUCAUGCAAUUGUUGAGAGACAACUUGACCUUGUGGACUUCUGACAUGUCUGAAGCUGGUCAAGAGGAGCAACCAACCGAAGCUCAGGAAUGA